AUGCAAAAAAUGUUGCAUGAUAAUCAUUCAGAUGAAGAACUUCAAAGUAGAUUGGUAUCGAAGAAAAGGGAAGCUAGUAGACUUACAGAGGCAAACAAUAUUUUCUUGGCUCAACUGGAAAAAGCUAAAUAUUUAAGAGACUGUGAUAAGAGCACUUCUUUCUUUCAUGCUCUAAUAAGGAGGAAAGUAAGUAGGAACCAUAUUGUUACAGUUAAGAAAGAAAAUAGGGAUAGAACUACUUCCCAAAAGCAAGUGGUGGAGGAGUUUCUAGAAUACUAUAAAAAACUCCUAGGUAAAAACGAGGUAACUGAGGCUAUCAACCCACUAAUUGUUAAGAGAGGGAAGAUAAUCAAUGAUAAUCAGGCUGCACAAAUGAUUGCCCCUAUUGCAGAUGAAGAGAUAAAGAAUGUUGUAUUCAGUAUAGGGGAUAUAAAGUCACUUGGCUCUGAUGGAUACAAUACUUGUUUCUUCAAGAAGUCUUGGAAUAUAAUUGGGGGAAAGAAUUUACACUAG